CGUCUUCUCUCUCGGGGCUGCAGGUUGACUGGGAACUCAACGACUAAACGACACACCACUUCCACCCUUGUUUGUUCUGGCACCCAACUGCGCAACAACUGUAAACCAUGCUUGAAAAUGUUGCUGGCAAUGAGCUAAGGUACGGUCACGGUACCUUAGACCUCUCAUAAUGGCCGAUCUUCGCAUUUAAUCGUCUUGAUCUUGGUCUUGGUGAUGACGUCACGAGUCACCUUUCUACAGUAGCAGGAGAUCAUGGAGCCCAGGUUGACAAACCGUGGUUUAGAUGAACAUCCGCCUUCAUCCAGCAUACGACACCCUGAGGCAGCGAACAUAAACAUCAACACACUUUGUCUUAGGACAUUACGGAGAGAGGAAGCUUGUAUAGGAGUGUAGUUGGAAGGACUUCUUGGUUGCUGUUGCCUUGACCCUGCGAAGAUGAGACUGAGUGUAGCUGUGGUGUUUUUGGGGGCUGUGGCAUCAGCCUCUGCCGUAUCUUUCUUCUCAGUAGUUAUGGAGGAGUGGGAAUCCUUCAAGUUGGAACAUGGCAAAAAGUACUCAAGUAAGGUGGAAGAUACAUUCCGCAUGAAAAUCUUCACUGAAAACAAGCACAAGAUUGCUGUUCACAACAAGCUUUAUGCAAAUGGCCAGAAAACCUACAGACUUAAGAUGAAUAAAUAUGGUGAUAUGCUCCAUCAUGAGUUUGUGACAACUAUGAAUGGAUUCCGCUGGAACCGAACUGUAGGAAGUUACAAGGCCAGCCGACCCUUCAGUGGUGCCAGCUUUAUUGAACCCGAUGAUGAUGUUGUGUUGCCCAAGAGUGUGGAUUGGAGGGAGAAAGGUGCAGUAACCCCCGUCAAGGACCAGGGACAGUGUGGCUCCUGUUGGUCCUUUUCUGCUACUGGGUCACUUGAAGGACAACACUUCAGACAGACAGGAAAACUGGUGAGCCUCUCAGAGCAGAAUCUGAUUGACUGUUCAACCAAGUAUGGCAACAAUGGAUGUAAUGGUGGCCUCAUGGACUAUGCUUUCAAGUAUAUCAAGGACAAUGGUGGCAUUGACACAGAGCUCUCCUACCCCUAUGAGGCUGAGGAUGAUAACUGCCGCUAUAACCCAACAACGGCUGGAGCAGAGGACAAGGGUUUUGUAGAUGUCCGUGAAGGCAGUGAACAUGCACUCAAGAAAGCAGUAGCCACAGUGGGGCCUGUAUCUGUGGCUAUCGAUGCUUCACAUGAAUCCUUCCAGUUUUAUCACCAUGGCGUCUACAGUGAACCAGAGUGCAAUGCUGAGAAUCUUGACCAUGGUGUCCUUGUGGUGGGGUAUGGCAAGGAUGAAGAUGGCACACCUUACUGGCUUGUCAAGAACUCCUGGGGCACUACUUGGGGCUUGGAUGGGUAUGUCAAAAUGCACCGCAACAACAAUAACAUGUGUGGUAUUGCUAGUGCUGCUUCCUUCCCCCUGGUUUGAAUGAUUUGAGUUUGUGCUUCCUGGAAAACUAGGUUGUGUGAUAGCUAUGUAGUUCAUACAUAAACUAGAGAAUUCAAAGGAUACUCAGAGGAAAAUGUGUAUGUCUGUUGCAUUUUGUAUUAAGAUGUUAGUGUAUCCAUUGACAAGUAUUCCAAGUAAAUUAUACUUCUGUGUAAAAUUCACAUUGGCUGAUCAUUUUUCUAUUCAUCAUCAAGGUUGUGAAAGGAAUUGAGUUAGUUGGUAAUGCAGCUUGUUCCAUAGAUAAUUUAGUGAAUACUGUUGGCAGAAAGAUGUUUAAAGGACAUUAUACAAGAAUAGAUUGGCACAUCCACUAAUUUUUUUUACAGCAUUCUUUUUUGAGUUAGCAUGGAAUUUUAUACCCAAUUGAUGUUUUCUGUUAUAUAUGUCUAGAUUUUAUGAGGAAUGUCUGUUUUAACUUUUAUCAUGUUUGCCAUUGAAUUGGUGUUACAUUUUCUCAGUAAAAAAAUAAGAAUAUU